AGCGGCGGGGACGCGCGCUUCGCCUGGGUCGCCGGCGGACGCGCGCAGCAGUCCGAGCCUCAGACGCGCCAGAGCGAGGGACCGCGCAGGGACAGCCUGACUGGGGCAGCUGGAGGCGACAGCUUCUGAAACACGCACGACAGCUGCGCUUCGGGGUCUUGGGCAGUAACGCCCCGGCGGGACGGUGGGCGCGGCGCGAAAACGGAUUUUGGUGAUAUUCUCCAGUGACAUCCAGUACCUCUGUCUGCUGAAGGCUUUGACCAAGACUGCUCUCAGUUGCUGCCAUCAUCCUGAGAAAAGGAGGGCGUGGAAAUCAGGAGCGCCUUGGGAGGCUUCUGACCGGUGGAUCUUCUGAAGAGCAAUGCUAAGACAACCUUUGGCUUAAAGAAUUAAAAAGAAAUUUUAGAUCUUCCAGUAAGAAGACUUCCUUCAAAGUUCCCUGCAUGAGAAAUUAUCUGAGCGUUUCCCGCGACUCUUCUGCGAGAGAAGAAAAGGAAAUUCCGUGUGUGGGUCUCAGCAGGAGAAGAGCUGAUGCAGCUUAAAAUAAUGCCGAAAAAGAAGCACAUCUCUGCAGGCAGAGUGCCCCUGAUUCUCUUCCUGUGCCAGAUGAUUGGGGCCCUGGAUGUGCCUCUUGAUCCAAAGCUUCUUGACGACUUGGUACAACCUCCAACCAUCACUCAACAGUCACCAAAGGACUACAUUAUUGACCCUCGGGAGAACAUUGUGAUCCAGUGUGAGGCUAAAGGGAAGCCUCCUCCAAGCUUCUCCUGGACUCGCAAUGGAACUCAUUUUGACAUCGACAAAGACCCUCUGGUCACCAUGAAGCCUGGCUCAGGAACACUCAUCAUCAACAUCGUCACUGAGGGGAAAGCAGAGACCUAUGAAGGAGUCUACCAGUGCACAGCAAGGAACGAGCGUGGCGCUGCCAUCUCUAAUAACAUUGUCGUCCGCCCAUCCAGGUCGCCCUUGUGGACCAAAGAAAGACUUGAACCAAUUAUACUUCGAAAUGGUCAGUCAUUGGUACUUCCCUGUAGACCUCCAAUUGGAUUACCACCAGCCAUAAUAUUUUGGAUGGAUAACUCCUUCCAAAGACUUCCACAGAGUGAGCGGGUUUCCCAAGGCCUGAAUGGAGACCUUUACUUCUCCAAUGUCCUCCCAGAAGACACCCGUGAAGACUAUAUCUGCUAUGCCAGAUUUAAUCACACUCAAACCAUACAACAGAAGCAGCCUAUUUCUCUGAAGGUGAUUUCAGUGGAUGAAUUGAAUGACACUAUAGCUGCUAAUUUGAGUGACACUGAGUUUUAUGGUGCUAAGCCUAGUAAAGAAAGGCCACCAACAUUUCUAACUCCAGAGGGCAAUGAAAGCCUCAAGGAGGAGCUAAGAGGAAACGUGCUUUCUCUGGAAUGCAUCGCAGAAGGCCUGCCUACACCAAUCAUUUACUGGAUCAAAGAAGAUGGAACACUUCCUGUCAACCGGACGUUCUAUCGGAACUUUAAGAAAACCUUGCAGAUCACUCAGGUUACAGAAGCAGAUUCUGGAAAUUACCAGUGCAUAGCAAAAAACCCCUUAGGAGCCGUUCAUCACACUAUCGCCGUCACAGUUAAAGCGGCCCCAUACUGGAUUGCAGCGCCUCAAAACCUCGUCCUAUCCCCAGGAGAGAAUGGCACCCUCAUCUGCAGAGCUAAUGGCAACCCCAAGCCCAGAAUUGCCUGGUUAACAAAUGGAGUCCCAAUAGAAAUUGCUCCUGAAGAUCCCAGCAGAAAAAUAGAUGGUGAUACCAUUAUUUUUUCAAAUGUUCAAGAAAGAUUGAGUGCGGUUUAUCAGUGCAAUGCCUCUAAUGAAUACGGAUAUUUACUAGCAAAUGCGUUCGUAAAUGUGCUUGCUGAACCACCUCGAAUUCUCACAUCUGCAAACAUACUGUAUCAGGUCAUCGCAAACAGACCUGCUUUCUUAGACUGCGCCUUCUUUGGGUCUCCUCUGCCUACCAUUGAGUGGUUUAAAGGAACCAAAGGAAGCGCUCUUCAUGAGGACAUUUAUGUUUUACAUGAUAAUGGAACGUUAGAAAUUCCUGUGGCCCAAAAAGAUAGUACAGGGACGUAUACGUGCAUUGCAAGAAACAAAUUAGGGAUGGCAAAGAACGAAGUUCACUUGGAAAUCAAAGAUCCAACCAGGAUCAUUAAGCAACCCGAACAUGCAGUCGUGCAGAGGGGGAGCAAAGUGUCCUUUGAGUGCAAAGUGAAACACGACCAUACCUUAAUCCCCACCGUCGUGUGGCUGAAGGACCAUGGAGAGCUGCCCAAUGAGGAAAGGUUCUCCGUAGACAAGGAUCAUCUGGUGGUAACUGAUGUCAAUGACGAUGAUGGCGGGACCUACACGUGUGCGGCCAACACGACGCUGGACAGUGUUUCUGCCAGUGCUGUGCUCAGGGUUGUCGCUCCUACUCCAACUCCAGCCCCCAUUUACGAUGUACCGAAUCCUCCCUUUGAUUUAGAGUUGACCAAUCAAUUUGACAAAAGUGUUCAGCUGACGUGGACCCCAGGCGAUGACAACAACAGCCCCAUUACAAAAUUCAUCAUUGAAUAUGAAGAUGCAAUGCAUGAAGCAGGGGUAUGGCACCACCAGGCUGAAGUUUCUGGAACACAGACCACAGCACAGCUGAAGCUCUCUCCGUACGUGAACUACUCCUUCCGAGUCAUGGCGGAGAACAACAUUGGGAGGAGUGUGCCCAGCGAGGCAUCGGAGCAGUACCUGACAAAGGCCGCCGAACCAGAUCAAAAUCCCACGACUGUGGAAGGACUAGGAACAGAGCCCGACAACUUGGUAAUUACAUGGGAGCCCUUGAAUGGUUUUGAAUCGAAUGGGCCCGGCCUCCAGUACAAAGUGAGCUGGCGUCAGAAAGAUGGUGAUGACGAGUGGACCUCUGUGGUGGUGGCCAACGUAUCCAAAUACAUUGUCUCCGGCACGCCAACCUUUGUCCCAUACCUGAUCAAAGUUCAAGCCCUGAAUGACGUGGGGUUUGCUCCAGAGCCAGCAGUAGUAAUGGGCCAUUCUGGAGAAGAUCUUCCAAUGGUGGCUCCUGGGAAUGUGCGUGUCAAUGUGGUGAACAGUACCUUGGCAGAGGUACACUGGGACCCAGUACCUCUGAAGAGUGUCCGAGGACACUUACAAGGCUACCGGAUCUACUACUGGAAGGUUCAGAGCUCGUCCAAAAGAAACAGACGCCACAUUGAGAAGAAGAUCCUCACCUUCCAGGGCAGCAAGACUCACGGCAUGCUGCCAGGGCUGCAACCGUACAGUCACUAUUUUCUCAAUGUCCGAGUGGUCAACGGGAAAGGGGAGGGCCCAGCCAGCAGCGACAGAGGCUUCCAUACUCCAGAGGGAGUCCCCAGUGCUCCCUCCUCUCUGAAAAUUGUCAAUCCUACCCUGGACUCUCUCACGUUGGAAUGGGACCCGCCAAGUCACCCCAAUGGCGUCCUGACUGAGUACACCUUAAAAUACCAGCCAAUUAACAGCACACAUGAACUCGGUCCCCUGGUAGACUUAAAAAUUCCUGCCAACAAGACACGCUGGACUUUAAAAAACUUAAAUUUCAGCACUCGGUACAAGUUUUAUUUCUAUGCACAAACAUCAGUGGGAUCAGGCAGUCAGAUUACAGAGGAAGCAAUAACGACUGUGGACGAAGGUAAGAUGGCUGGUAUUCUUCCACCUGAUGUAGGUGCAGGCAAAGUUCGAGCAGUAAACCCCAGGAUCAGCAAUCUCUCUGCCGCAGCCGCUGAGACGUAUGCCAAUAUCAGUUGGGAAUAUGAGGGACCAGAGCAUGUGAAGUUUUAUGUUGAAUAUGGUGUAGCAGGCAGCAAAGAAGAAUGGAGGAAGGAACUUGUAAAUGGUUCUCGAAGCUUCUUUGGGUUAAAGGGUCUCAUGCCAGGAACAGCAUACAAAGUUCGAGUUGGUGCUGAGGGGGACUCUGGUUUUGUGAGUUCAGAGGAUGUGUUUGAGACAGGUCCAGCGAUGGCAAGCCGGCAAGUGGAUAUUGCGACCCAGGGCUGGUUCAUAGGUCUAAUGUGUGCCGUCGCCCUCCUCAUCUUAAUUUUGCUGAUCGUUUGCUUCGUCAGAAGAAACAAGGGUGGUAAAUAUCCAGUUAAAGAGAAGGAGGAUGCUCAUGCAGACCCUGAAAUCCAGCCCAUGAAGGAAGAUGAUGGAACAUUUGGAGAGUACAGCGAUGCAGAAGAUCACAAGCCUUUGAAAAAAGGAAGCCGAACACCUUCAGACAGGACUGUGAAGAAAGAAGAUAGUGACGAUAGCCUGGUUGACUAUGGAGAGGGGGUGAAUGGCCAGUUCAAUGAGGAUGGCUCCUUUAUUGGACAAUACAGUGGUAAGAAAGAGAAAGAACCAGCCGAGGGCAAUGAGAGCUCAGAGGCCCCUUCACCUGUCAACGCCAUGAACUCCUUUGUUUAAGUCUUUAGGCUCUGCGCCAAUGUCCCAUUUCUCUGGAAUGUCUUUCCUGAGCUCUUCUCGUCCCUCUCAGCCUAUGGACACAUGGGUAGAAAGGAUGUUUUCUGCUGUCUGUGAGUAUUAUGAGAGCAAAGCAAGAACACAACUCAGUCACGAGAUACGUUAAUGUGAACUGGGGUACAACGUGCAUACAUUUGGUUGUUCAGAGUGGGUUUUCUCAAUUUCCUUGGAACUGAUUAAAAAAAAAAUCCAACAUCAUCCACAGCUCCCGUCAUUCCCUGUGCGGGAUACAGCUCCAUAAGCUGCAUGAAACAUGCCGCACAGAGGACACACCGCGGAUGUGAUGGCGACAUGGUCAGGUACUUAGUGCCACUAUCCUCAGCUGAACCCUAAGUAUGAAUUCCAUUGUUGUUGUGGAGAGUGUUCCUGUAGCGUUCUCUAGAGCUCCAAUGUCUCUGUGGACAUUGUUGUGAAACUCGUGACUAUGUCUAGCUGUUGUUGUUAGUCUUUCCGGGAGACUGUUAGGAACAGUGUGUACAGUAAAUACUUCCUGUGUGAAUUAAUUAUGACAAGAAUCUGCUAAUGCUCACCGAGGCUCCGCCACCUCUUCUUUGCUCCUGUUACUUCCUAGGCUUCUUAACCUUCCAGGUUACAGUGACAGUGUCCCACUUCUUACCCUCUCUGUGUCCAGUCGUUUGGGGGCAUAAACAUGACAUUUUGUGAUCCCCUCUGGCGUGUGUGCCGUACAGAAAGAACUGAAGACAACUCUCGAGUUAGAUUUCAGAUCUUAGUCUAGAAGAUGCAGGGCGAGCCUUGUGCAGGGCCUUCAGACACUCGGCGUCCCCUGACACCUGCGCUCUAGAUUGGCCAAUCUGAGCAGCUCCAUCCGGUGCGACUGCUGUUGGGAGGGAGGAACUUUAAAAAGGCAUUGGCAGUGAGAACCAAAGUGCUGGAAAGCUGGGAAAGUAAAAACAAGUUUAUUUGAAGGGGCUUUCCCCUAUAAAUAUCAAAAACAAAGAAAGCUCUGUCAUUAGCCUGAGAACAUGAUGGGCCCGUGGUCUUUUGUUGUUUCUAGCCAAACAAGCUAUAUUGAAGACGAAAAUUGAGGUUGAAAAUGGAUGAAAAACACAUGAUUCUAGAACUAAAACACACAACAGCAUGCGAACAGAGAUUCCGGUAUACCUAUAUGAGCUUCCAAACUGCAGCACUCAACAGUAUAUGUGCAAACUGCAACAGGCACACUCCAGAAUCUGCAAAACCUGGCUUAAUUAGGCCAGCAGUCAAAGAAUAAAUGCAUAUACCCUACCACAGUCAUAAACAGUGUGUAAGAGAUGACUUACCUCCAGUGUAAAAAUCUAUGACAACCUAUGGUUGAAGGAAUGCUCAAAUUCACUUGCCAAUAAAUUGGUUUCUCAUAACUUGCAUCAAGUUUAAUUUUAAGUAAAGCUUUUUCUAUGUAGAUAUUCUGUUGAAUUUGUAAAUAUUCGGAAAGUGUAGAUGCUAUACGCUUAGAGGUGUUACGUGCGAAUAAACACGCAAGUAAUGUUUAUGUUCUGCUGUGUGAGACGCAGGCUCAUUAAUUAAUGCAGUGUAAGGGUCUGAAAACAGCAAAUGCCUACUUUGGGUUUUUCUUCUUUUGCUGUGAAACUGAAAUCGUGAGCUAUUUUCUCCACUGUGUCAGCCAGUUUCUGACCGAGAUCCUCAGCAUUAACCGAUGGAGUACAGUAGGAUUUGUUACCUAAUGUCUUUGAUGUAUACCAGUAAAACUUGCUUUAAAGUGAUCCCUAAAUGAAGCAGCCCUAAAUACUCUCAUGGCUUCACAUUUACUAUCCCCAACCAGCCUAUCAAUGGGAAAUACAAAGAAUAAGACAGGCUUGCCUAGACACCAGAAAGCACAGAGACUAAAGUUACUUCAGUGUUUUUCAGAGAAAAAUAAAUACAUGUGUAGUCUCUGUUCUUCUAGCAAGAGAUGCUAAAUGUCUCUGUGCAUGAAGAUGUCACUUUGCAGAUCAUGACAGACUUGUAUUCAAAAUUAAAUGUGGUUCUAACAUCCCUCCCCCUUUUGAACUCUGCCGUGUUCCCAGUGGAGUGGGAAUGACCAGGUGUAACUAGUGAUCAUCUGUGCACAGAGCAAGGACAUGUGACCAGAUUGCCAUCAGAGAGUGACUAUCGUUGAGUUUUAGCUCCUUCAAACCUGAUUUUCAAAAAGGUUUUGAAGAAAUUUUGACAUUUUUGCUUUAUUUUUUGAAAGGCCUAGGACAUUAUCACAAAACUGAAUAUAAGAAUUAAUAAAACAGCAUAAUCCAGACUUUUUAAUGAAAGGUUAGGGGCUAAGCAAAAAGAGAUAGCUCCAGUCUUUGGAGGAAAGGAAAUGAAAUCACAUUGUGUUCUUUCUUAAAAAUGCCCAAUUGCUGGUGCCCAGUGAGUGAUGACCAGCCCAUUCCACCAGCUCAGACCUCCUCCUGCCUCAAGCACAAUUUGUAUUUCUUAACAUGGUUGCUUGGUGAGAGUCUGAACACAUACCUAUGUCAUCCACUUCCUUUUGGCCACCCUCAUUCUUCUGUCUCCAAGCCGUAUAGGUGUGCGAAUAGCCCAAGCUUAGCAAUUACCAACAUUCCAUUACCUGCCCUAGUCCCAGGCCCCUGGUCCCAGCACUACACUCAGGAGACUCGCCUUGCCCUCUUGGUUAUUUAGAUAGCACAGAGCUAUCUAAUAGAGCUCAGAAUUCCUCCUACAGAAGCCACGUUCAUGGCUCCCUCACUUCUCCUCUUCACUGUACCCCAGAUUAACAAAGGUGCACCUGCAUUCUGCAUCAUGUCAGGGCUCUGUGGCAACAGGGGCUGUAAAAGAAUAAGCAUAGCUUCAGAAAGAUCUGGUAGUUAUAAAGCGGUAUAAACCAUUUUGUUAGGGUGGUUUUUUUUUUUUAUAUUUUUUUAUUUUUUUGGUUUUUCCGAGACAGGGUUUCUCUGUAGCUUUGGAGCCUGUCCUGGAACUUCCUUUGUAGACCAGGCUGGCCUCAAACUCACAGAGAUCCGCCUGCCUCUGCCUCCCGGCUGUUAGGGUGGUUUUUAACGACUUUUGAGAUGAGGGGAGUCCAGGAACUCAGGGAUUCUUUAUCUAAGGAAUGCAUCGCUCCCGCUCGAGACGUUCCCACCGCUGACCACCAGAGGGCGCGCCUUGCUUUAUUCUGCACAAAAGAAAACUAGAGAAAGCCGCCUAGGGAUACUGUCCCAAUCAGUUUGGAUAAUCAAAGGAUAACCCGACGGAGCAGAAAAUGAUCGUCUGCUGCAAAGAAAGACAUGGGACUGCAGCUCUCCCUAGUGAGCUCACCCUUUCCAGAGAGGAAACGUGAGGUUUGUGAGCCUUUUGCAUAGUUUUUCUCUUGAUUGGGCUUCAGCCUGGGCGGUUCAGGGAAGGAAUUGCCCUGGAGUUCACUGGCCAGCUUUGUCAGGUGUCUGUGUGAGACAAUAAGAGAUAGGAGUCCUUAAAACGGCAUUAAUCCCUUUCUCCAAAGACACUAUUUUUGUCGGCCACCAAUGGUUUGAUGUUUGUUAUUGAAUAGAACACACACAAAAGCAGUCUAAAUACCACCCAGAGCUCUUAGGAUUCACUAAAGAGAAGGGGAGGGAAGAGCAGAGAAUGUCACUGCAGUAUUCGUACUGAAUAGUGGCUUAGUGGGGAGGAAAGAUCAGUGGCCCAGAGAGAAGUAAGGAUUUGUACAGACUGGGCCAUUUGCCAGCGUUAAGGCCCUGCACCACCACCCCCUCUAACCAUUUAGAUAAUGGUUUCCUCAGGUAGAUAAUGUUGGGGUAGAUGAUGGCUAGUCUAAUACGCCUUUCCCCUCCAAUCCUGUGGGUCCUAGGAACAAAAGAGUAAUCUGAACACCGGCUAAAGCCAGGAUGAAACACAAACAAAACCGGAAGUGGGUCCUGCUCCGCUGUGGCCUGGAGUCCAGUGUGCGCAGACAGGGACAAUCAGAUGAUCACCUGGAUGGGUGCAAGUCCACACUCAGGAAAGAGCUCAAAAUGGAAAGGAGUCUGAACACGGUGGUCGGGAAAGAGGCCCCAGGAACAAAAUGUGAGCUGAAAAGUGAAAGGCAAGGACAAACCAUAGAAAAGUCAGUGGACAAGCUGGCCACAGCGAGGCCAGCAUGCCUGCCUAGAUGCAGCGGCCAGUCUAGCUGGGCCUGAGGACCCUGUUGUGUCAUGCCUAUUUAGUAUUAAUGAAGAAACAGGAAAGUGAGGAGCGAACGAAAGGGUUAAGAAACUCCUCAGAUUAAGGGCAGCGGCUUUAGCCAUGGGCCCCAGAAUUGCUAAGGAAGAAGAACAAGGCGCUGAGGGUGGCACACCAUCCAGAAACUCUCAAUGUAGCCAACAGGAGGGGGAGAAAGGGCCUCCCUGGAAAUCCAGUAACAGGACCUGCUUGUCUCUGCAAAGCAGGGGGCUGUCUUCAGUUGGAAGCAAGGGAAAGGCCAUUGCAAGAAUGAAAGUAGGGGGGUUGGAGAGAUGACUCAGCGGUUAAGAGCACUGACUGACUGCUCUUCCCAGUUCAAUUCCCAGCACCCACAUGGCAGCUCACAACAGUCUGUAACUCCUGUUUCAGGGGAUCUGACAACUUCGCACCAAUGCACAUAAAAUAAAGUUGAAUAAAUCAUAAUAAAUUAUUUAAAAAAGGAUGAAAGUAGGAUGUUUCCAACAGGGUCUGGACAACUCCUCCUUGAGAGAUGCCACCCACUGGUCACCCCUGCCCCUGCUUUUCUGGCUAUCCACUGACUUUAAACAGCUCAAGUCUCAGAAACAGUCUUAAUCCCACAGCCUUCAUCAGUUCUCCUCUGCUUCAUGGCCAGAUGGUUGAACUGAUACCAGGAAAUGUAUAAGGGGACUAAUCAUAGAAGCCACUGUCGACCAGACAGUCCAUCCCUUUUGUUCUUUCCAUUCGGUAUGUCCUGUAGACCGUGUCUUUCUUCAGCUCUUAAGUGUGUGCCUCGUUGUCUCUUUGAGGGCUCAACAAGAGACUUUUUUUCAUCAGUGCUUAUCAGCUGGCUCACUGAAAUCACCUGGCAGUUUUAAAAGCCCAGCGUCUGUUUGCCCUGGCCCACAGUGGAUGUUCACUGUUUUCAGUACCUGAUCUGAACCUUCACCCUCACUAGGAAAGCGUCCCCAGGUGAUUCUAAUGUGCAACCAGUGUGGAAACUGAUGUUGGCCAUAUUAUACUUUGCUACUGUAUAAGUAGUCACGGAAUGGUAUUUCAAAUAGAGUCCUCAACACAGCGCAAUGGUGGAGCUCAAAUUCUCUCAUGUGCCCCACAUAAAAUGAAUCUAGAGAGCCGUGUAGAAUGCUCACACAUUGGUGGUGGGAAUACAAAAUGGCGCAGCCACUCUGGAAAGUGUUUAUCAGUUUCUUUAAAUAUUGAAUAUAAAUUUACCAUGUGGCCACAAUGCAAUUCAUAAAUCUAGACCCAAGAGAAGUGAACAUCUACAUCUAACCAUGGGCUUGCAUAUUCGUGUUCACUAAGUAUCAGUCAUAACUGCUAGGAAACAAGCCCAGUGGGCUGUGAGCGAUGAACACCUGAAGAAAAUGAGUAUAUCAUAUGAAUAGAGGUAUAGCUACCUGGUCAGAUGAAACGCUACCCGGUGUGUUCUAUAAAGGGCUGCUGAACACAACAAUAGGAGGGGUCUCCAAGAACACUGCAUUUUAAAUGCCAAGCACAAAGCCACUAUUCUCAUUUACUUGAACUGCUCAGAAAGGCAAAUGUGUGAAAACAGGAGGUAGAUUGCUAUCCGGGGCUGGGGGAGGUGGAGGCAAGGAUUUACUUCAACUUGGUGCAAGGGCUCUUCCUGAAGUACUAAAAUGUCUUGAGUUUUAUAGUUAAAACAACUAAAUUAUGGUAUCACAGACACCUCCAUAAAGCUUAUGUUUGUCUGAAUGGUAAAUAGAGUUGUGUAUAAACGAGGUUUGAGAUGAGUAAAGUCUCAAACCGUGGUCAUAUAACCUCCUGUUCUUCAAGGAUGCUACAAGACCAUCAACGCCAGGUGUUCCCCAGAGUGGCAGCAUCGGUUGUUAGAAUCACAUACUUGCCCUGCCCCCCAUCAAUCGAUUCAGGAACUCUGCAGGCAUAAACCUGCAUCUGGCGUUCUAAAAGUCCCUCUGAUUCUGAAACACACUAGCUUGUGUGGAACAUGGCACUCAGCCUCUCUCCUAUCCCAUCUGGAGGAAUGGGAAAGACUUAGCUUUGAGAUUAAAGAAAGGGACGAGGUAGUUUUCAUAAUAGAAAAAAGAUCUUCAAAUAGUCGUUCAAGUGCCCAUGGUAGGUAAGUGGUUAGACAAAUUUUUGAACUGUGCCCAAUGUUCAGACCACCAGCCAUCAGUAAGCACAAGUAUUUCACGCCACUAAGGGAAACCAAACACAGAGCUUUUGCUGAUAUGGAACACUGAAGCAGGUUAAACUUUUCUCCAAGGACAGGAAGCAGACUGUGGCUGCUAGGGAUUGGGGUUUGCAGAGGGAAUUACCUCUGGGAGGCAGAGAAAACUCUGAGAGAUGAUGGAUAUUUUGGUUGUGAGGAUAGUUAUAGGGGUAUUCGUUCAUCAGAACUCAAAAAUUGUAUGCUUAAAGUCAGUAUGCUUUGUUAUAUAUGUUGUAUCUCAAUAAAGUUGAUUUGAUUUUGAAAGGAAAAUAAAGUGGACACAGGUGAUUCCUCCCCUUA